GCGUUUCAUCCUGAGUUGACAGUUUCAUUUGUUGUCGAACCUUGAAUCGUUAAACAAGAAAUACAAAGGCGAUGUCGGAAAAAGAAGAAAAAUUACAACAAUUUGCUGCUAUUACAGGUGCCAGUUCUGAUAGGGCUAACUUUUUCCUGGAAUCUGCUGCUUGGGAUGUGGAGAUGGCUAUAGCCAGAUACUACGAAAAUGAUGGUGAAGAUGUAGAGUUUGUGGAAAACAAUACCCUACCACUUUCAACAGAUCAUCCCAAAUUAGAAACACCCCACAGUAAAACAAAGCCAAAGAAAUCAUCCAAUUUUGCAACUAUUAAUACCUUAACCACAUCUAGUGAUGAGGAUGAAGAGGGACAAGCUUACUAUGCUGGUGGGUCUGAACAUAGCGGCCAACAAGUGUUGGGACCUCCCCGUAAGAAACGGGAUGAUAUUGUUGCUGAUAUGUUUAAAUCUGUGCAGGAGCACGGUGUUGAAAUUUUGGAGCCAGGUGCUGCAGCUUCUAGUUCAGCACGUGUAUUUGGAGGUACUGGUUAUAAGUUAGGCCAAGAUGACUCGACCUCAGAAAUAGUUCCGGGGGUACAAACAGCUCCACAACCACAGGAGGUGACUUUAAGAUUGUGGCAAAAUGGAUUUAGCAUCAAUGAUAAUGAUUUGCGGUCAUAUACAGAUCCUGCUAAUAAAGAUUUUCUUGACAGCAUAAGGAGGGGAGAAAUUCCACAUGAAUUGAGGCAGGGAAACACUGAGAUACAUUUGGCUAUGGAAGACCAUAGAAUGGAAAAUUAUCAACCUCCGAAAGGUAAAGUCAAACCAUUUCAAGGACAUGGAUAUACAUUGGGAAGUCCUGCUCCAGUGGUUGUUGGUGCAUGCAGUGAUGAAAAUAAACCAGCGAAUGAGGAACGAGCCAAAGAAGUUAUCAAGUUGGAUAACUCAAAGCCAACUACUAGUUUGCAGAUCCGUUUAGCUGAUGGAUCGCGUCUAAUUGGACAUUUUAACCAGGAACAUACUGUGGGGACCAUCAGAACUUAUAUUACAACAGCCAGACCUCAAUAUGAGAGGCAGCCUUUUAACCUAAUGUCAUCGUACCCUUCCAAAGUUUUAGAUGAAACAUUAACUAUUAAAGCUGCUGGACUGUUAAAUGCUGCGAUUAUGCAAAAGUUAACCUAAUAAAUAGUUACUAAACUUAGUUUUUGUUUGUUAUGUAAUUUAAAAUGAAUAUUAAAAUCUUCAUAUGUUGGU